UUUAUAUAGUCCCUUUUUUUUUUAUGCACUUUGUUCCUUUAAAUAUUUGAAGAUAUGGCACCACCUGUGACAGAAGAAGUUAUUUUUACUGACCAUGUUCAUUCAUGGGAGGAGAUUGUUCACUAUGCUACUAUCAAUAAAUAUGGUUCUGUUGAAAAUUAUUUAUUGAAAGAAAAGAUUCAUUUUUCUUCAGACUCUAACUUUUUAAUUUUGCCAAAUGACUUUCCAUAUUCAAUUGAUCCUGGUAUUGAACAUGUUCUGAUUUGGUCAAAGGAACCUUUAGCUGCUGAUUUUGUUGAAUCACUAUUAGAAAAGAAUUAUGGAAGUUCAGUUUGGGAAUGGGUUUAUUUUGUUAAUCCUCCUGAGUUGCAAAGUAUACCUCGUUUACCUCAUGUUCAUGUCUUUAUGAGAAAAAGAAUAACUGCAAGUCACGAUGAUGAUGUGCAUAUUUAA